UUUCUCCCAAAAGUGCCAGUCUAAUAUAUUGGAGACAUUACCAGGAAAUGAGGUUGUUAGGUCUUCUGCUCAAAGCAACCAGACUCUGCAAUGAAAUAUGAACUAUAUCACAGCUAUUGUACUUCUUCAGCUAUUGUACUUCUUAUCUUAAUAUCACAUGUAUUAUGUGACUGUGGCAGCCUGCCCGUCGUGGAAAAUUCAUCAAACAAUGCCACAGUGCAGGGCACAUACCCAGUCGACUAUACUGUGAGAUAUAAGUGUAAUGUGGGGCAUGAGCCAGACGGGACUGUCGUGAUUGUGUGCGGUGGCGGGGGCUGGAUCGGGGAGCUCCGGUGUCGGGAGGUCUACUGCCCAGCUCUCAACCCACCAGACAACGGCAGGAUUUUAGACUCCCCUUCAUACAAAGUUGGCAGCUUUAUCACUUUCAAGUGCAAUGAGGGCUAUAAAUUGAAAGGAUCCAGUAAAUUGCUUUGCCGGACUGACUUACAAUUCGACAGUUCGCCUCCAGUAUGCAAAGUGAAAAUGUGUCCAGAAUUUGGGUCUGUUGAAAAUGGGAGAUUUUUUCAAGAAAAUGCUGGAGGUAUAGAAAAUGACUACGGAAGCGUGAUUAAAGUCACCUGUGAUUCAGGCUACAUUCUUCAUGGUACCUCUCAUGUGAUGUGCCAGGCAGAUGGGACUUGGAGCAAUAGACCAACAUGUAAGGGAAUUUCGUGUCUACCAUUCGAAGGUAUGAACGCAACCUGUAUUGACAAGUUCUUACUCUACAGUACUUUGUACUACAUGACCUGCAGUGAUGCUCCUAACACCAGAGUUGCCGGGACGACUGAAGAUGAGCCGAACGUUUGUCAGAAUGAUGGAACAUGGCAGUUUCAGGAGUUUGCCUGCUACUGCAGCUGUAACAUGACCAAUUACGACAGAAACACCAUGAAGAUCUACAAUCUAAAGGAGGGAUACCUGCCCCACGGUGAGAUCCUUCAUUGGUUGUGUAACCCCGGAUGUACCAAAAAUACGACGAACGAGCUGAUAUGUGUGGACGGAAAUAUGACCAUGCCGCAGUGUGACUGUCACUCUACAACCGAUAGCACCACUUCUGACAAAACGGAUGGAACCACUACGAUGAGCAGUACCACUUCUGGCAACACAGGUGGAACCACUUCGAUGAGCAGGACCCCGUUUGGCAAAACAGAUGAAACCACUUCGAUGAGCAGGACUUCCGCUGGCAAAACAGAUGGGAGCGCUACGAUGAGCCCGGAGACAGCCUCCUCCUUCCCAAUUUGGGCCAUCGUCCUCAUUGUUGUAGGUGUCAGUGGGAUCAUCUUGUUGUUUGUAAUAGUUGCUUUUAAGAGAUAUAAUGAUACAAAAUGGUUGCCAUUAAGAUGGAAAUGAUGCUUGACUGGCAAUGAAUACAGGUGAUGGUAGUGUAAGAAUAAAUGCAGGAGACAAAUCGAAAAAAAUCAUUGAAUCUCAAAAUGCGCCUGUAAAUAUAUAAGUUGUUUAGUACAGUUUGAACUACUGAUGUUUCGAUAAUGGAUUAUAAUCGAAAAUUGAUUGGUUGGGCGUGAAAUUGGCGACAAUCGAUUGUAUUUGGUCAUAAUCGAUCAUCGAUUCAACCGCCGAAUUGUUUUUCUCCUUUCCUCGCAAUAUUUGCGUUCGGGUUAUUUCUGCCAUAUUUUUCUCCUGUGUGUUCAUUUAUGCUUUCGAAAAGCAUUCGGAACUUCUCGGCCAUUUUUAUGGAAAACAACCUCGGAUGUACGCCUGUACAUCAGCUGAAGUUUUUUAAUUAUAUCAUUAAUUAAAUGUAGUGUUUUAGAGUUGUAUUCAUUGAUCUAAGUUUAAAUUGAUUGCCAGUGAAGUGUAUUAUUGCAAACGUAAUUCAGAUUCCCAAAAGUUAAUUUAAGUCAUAAAGCUAAACUGCUAAAUAAAAUUACUACGCGAUCUUCUUGCAGCGGACCUAAACGUACCACUUUUGAGUAUGUCCAAAUACAUCCGAGGUUGUUUACGAUAAAAAUGGCCGAGGAGUUCCGAAUAUUCUGGAAAGGUGUUCUUUCGGAACUCCUCUGCAAUUUUCCAUCGAUAACAACCUUGAAUGUAUGCCGGUUCAUCAGUUGAAGUAGUUCGUAAAAUUUAGAUAAUAGUGUUAAUUAACAGUAACUAUAGUGUUUUAACGUCUAUAUUGUAUUACUAAGUUUCAAAUGAUUGCCAGUGAAGUGUUUAAUUGCAUUAAUAAUUUUGAUUCCCAAAAGUAAAGUCAUGAAGAUAAACUGCUUAUUUAAAAUUACUACGCAAUCUACUUGCAGCGCAGUUAAACUGUAUUGAUUUCUGACAUUGUUAAAGGUCCAUGUACAUCCGAGGUUUAUUUCGAUGGACAACGGCUGAGGAGUUCCAAAUGUUCGGUUCUCAGUUUUUUUAGUCAACAAUAUGGCGGAAAAAAACUGGUUUGAAAAUUGAAUACUUGGUUAGUGUGUCGUGUUUUGAACGGACGGGAGAACAAUAAAGCGUCUAGAACAAGCAAAGAAUAGAGGAUUAGACUAUAAGCUUAAGCCACAGGUUUGCGGCCGCAUGCCAGACAGGCUGAAUAUUGUACAACACCAGACCAUGACAUUGGUGCGACACUAGUCAUAUUUAAUUGCGUAUAAUUGUUGCACCAUAUGUCUUGUUUCUAAGUGCUGGUGAGAUCAGAUUUAGUAAAAGAUGCACUCAGGAAACACGGUAUUUCUACCUUAGGAGACGAUAGCAGAUCAGAGUAAAUAUUUUAGCACUCACCAUAUUUUAGCUAUUAAAUACACGGUAAUAAUCUUGUUAUCAGUAGCUAACAUUUUCCAUAAAAGCAUUAUCUAGUAAGAAGUUAUAGGUUUGUCACUCAGAAUUUAUAUUUGUUAUACAUGUGUCAUGAUGUAUUGAUUUUGAAUAAGAGUGUCACUUUAAUAUUUUGACCAAUGUGCCGAGAUUUUCUUACCGAUCUGAUUUCUUCUUAUUGUAAUGAUACAUUAUGUAUCACAAUCCCAUAAUUUCCCCCUCCAUCAUUUUAACCGCAAAAUGGACAUAUUAGUAACAUGUAGUCGAGUAUUGUAAAAAAAAGUGGAGUUGGCUAAAUUUAUUACAAAAUCGUUCAGUUGUUUCUUUCACUUAAUAUUACGAUGAAUAACUAUUAUUGAGAUUCGAUCUUUAAGAAACUUACUCAUGGUUCCUAACUAUCCCGUAAUGUUUGAUUCAUAAGAAUUUAACUUUUAAACUCUAUUGGCCAAAAGCCAAAAAGGUGACCAUUUUAAGGGAGAUGACCGUUGCCAUCUAUGCCUUCAUUUAUAACCCAAUGUUAACUAAACUGAUACAAUAGUUAGAUAGUGACUUAAUUACUUAAUCAUGGCUUAAUCAUUCCUUCGGAAAACAUUCAGAACCCCCGUGCAUGACUUGAUUUUUGGUAUUGAUAUUGUCAAAAUUGCUGUAUUAUAGGCUGUGAUAUGACCAUCAUUGUUUUCAAAUCUCCACCAAACUAUGGCAGUAGUUAGAUAUCCAUGAGGUAUCGGUUCCUUUCGAAAAAACAGCCAGAACCACCCAUGCAUGACUGGAUUAUGUCCCUUGAUAUUAGCAACAUUUCUGUAUUCGAUAGAGGCUCCAUAUUCACAUUGCAUGUUAUAUGUUACAUGACUGUAAUGGCGCCGCCCACUAACUAACACGAAGUGUUCAAACUGUCACAUAUUACUCAUAUGUUCAUGCUCUGAGUGGAAAAGACCAAAAAGUCAUACCUCUAGAGAACAGGCCCUUGUGGGCCUCUUGUUUAAAGGUAACACCAUUGUUACCGUUAUUGUUGUUAACUGUCAUAUCUUUAAUACUUACGGCAUGCGAUCUGCAGAACGUCUUAUAUUUUUUGGGACAUAUGUUUUAGCUGUGCUUGUUUUAUUUAAAUAUA